UAACAACAGGGAUGGAUAGAUAGCCCACAGACAGACACAACAGAAUACAACAGGUUGGGAGGAAGAGACACGAGAGAGAGUGAUCGAUUCAUCGCGUUGUUUUGCGCCUUGCGUCCGUGCGCGUUUCCUUCGAUCGAUCGAUCGCUCGGGUUCUUGCAAUCCAUCCAUGGCGCCGGCUGUGAGCUCCUCUCUUCUUUCCCCGCGGGGAUCCGUUCUUUGUGCGAAGAAAACGGCAGCGCCGGCGAGCGCGAUCUUCCUCUUCUAGCGAUCGCGAAUGGAGGGAUUGAUGUGUGCGGCAGCCAAUCCAUGAGCGGCAUUCGACUGUAUCGAUCGAUCUAGCAGCGCGUUUAGAUCUUCCCUCUCUUCUUUCUCGAAAUAUUUCAUUUCCCCCUCUUUGCCUCGCAAUAUUUCCAUGGCAGUGCCCUCGGAUCACCAGCACCGGCGCUCGAAGAAAUCCAAGAACGGGCAGAAGAAGCAGCCGCAGCGAGGGCUGGGCGUGGCGCAGCUGGAGCGGCUGCGAAUCCAGGAGGAGAGCAAGAAAGCGAUGCUAGCAUCGUCGUCGUUCGCGGCGGCCGGAUCUUGCUUCCAAGCUCAGCAAGGUCGGGUCUCGGCGCUCUGCCUCUCGGCUCCUCAUAAUCCUCCUCUCCAUCUCCAUCACAUCUCCCCGGCGCAGCAAGGAUCUGGCGGUGGCGCUGCGGCGGCGUAUCGCCCCUCGAAUCUUCCCUUCCUCGCGUCGCUAGGGACGAGCGCGAGCUCGAGGCAGCAGCAGCACAAGGCCAGUCUCGAUCCUAAUCUUGCCAAUAUUUCGCAGCAUUCUGUGAUCCAUCAGCUGGAUCACGCGCUCAUGGCGAAGAUCCAUGGCCAGGCCUCUGCCGAUAGCAGCUCUUGCAAAUCCGGGAUCUCAUCCGAUGCCUCGGCUGCUGCUACCGUUGCCGCCUCUCACCACCUCUUUGGAAGACGCAGCGGAAGAUCCUCGUCCUCCGCAUCGCCGUGCUCGUCCCAGCACAACAGCAAGCCCGAUCACGUCUUCGACGAGAGCGAUGAGUCGAGCAGAGGCGCCGCCGCCGCUGCUGCCCCACCGUUCGUGUUCCUGGGAUCUUCAUCCUCGUGCUCUUCCGAGGCCAACCACAGGAGCACUACUAUCCCCUUGAUGAUCCAGCCGGGGAGCAGUAGCAACAACAUCGUCAAGGACAACCUUCCCGAGUCGUCCGAGAUGUUUGAUCCAUUGUUUCGGACUCGCGCUCGUCGGGUCUACGGUGAUGGCAGAGAUUGGCCAGGGAUUCACACCCAUGGCAUUCCUGCUAUCAAGGAGCUCUCUUCAUUCCAAAUACCAGGCAAUACCAUCCCAGCAUUGUCGUCACCCAACAAGGCUUGUUGGACGGGUGCCCGAGAUGGAGUAGCCGACUUGGGUUCCGGCUACUCGGGCUCGGUGGACAAAGGGUCCAGCGUCAAGAUGAUUGCUACUGCUUCAUCGUCGCCCAGGAGUCUCUCGGCGGCGUCGAGCUGGGCGAGAUCCGAGGUUUGCUUCUCGUUCGAGCAGCAGCUCAAGGACAGCUGCUCCAGCUCGCUCAAGAACGCCGCCACCAUCACCAACAGUAGCACCAACUUGGAGGCGACCUCGUCUACCAAGCCGGCUUCCUGUGACUUCCUGACGCUGGCGCUGGCAGCUCCUGAUCCUCGCCCCCAAUUCCACAAGCGGCCGAGCAGCGGACUGCCAGACUUAAAACCCGAUGACGACGAAUCGUCGAAGUUCGCGGUGACCACCCCCCAGGAGGCGUCCGGCGAAACCGACGAUCACUGGCUGCUCAAGAAUCACCAUCAGCUGGCCAGGAAAUCGAUCAAGCUCCAGCAUUUUGGCACUCCAUCCAUGGCGCCGGCAUCGCCUUUCAUGCUGGACCUGAGCCUCAAAGUUCCAUCGAUCGAGGAGUCGUCGCUGGAGCUCAAGCUCGCCUUGUGAUCAUCUCAAAGUAAGAUUUUUCCCACAGCGAAGAAACCAAAAAACCAAACAGUUCAAACUCUUCGUUGUUGGGAAGAAACCAAACAAAAAGAAAUUCCAUUCCAGGCAAAGUGGAAAGGAAUUUCAUCUCAUUUUACUAUAUAAUCUUUUCUA